AUGUCGCACAAUCAAGAACGCAAAGACGUGGGAACAAAUCGUGGUCUUAACGGCCUCAUACGCGAGACCUCGCGAACCGGGGCGGCCGAUUCAGGAUUUGGGGCAUCCCAACAGCCCGAUGACGAUAGCGAUACACAGAGUGUGGCAAGAAGCAUAGGAAAUCAGAGGAGCCCAUUGUCGGGCAAACGUCUGUUGGUCGCGUUCCCAACUCUCUGUGCUGCCUUGUUCGUGUCCUUCUUCGAUCAAACCAGUGUCUCAACAUGUAUACCUGCUAUAUCGGCGGAGCUUAAUACCGGAGAAGCAACUUCAUGGAUCGGAGCAUCUUUCCUGAUUUCUUCGACAGCAUUCCAGCUUAUCAACGGUAGGCUCUCGGACAUAUUCGGACGAAAGAACCUGCUUCUCGCGUGUCUGGCUUUGCUGGGCGUCGGGGACCUCCUAUGUGGAUUUGCAAGGAAUGCGACUGAACUUUUUGCCUUUCGAGCGGUGGCUGGAAUUGGUGGCGGAGGCGUCAACUCGAUUGUCAUGAUAAUUGUUAGCGACAUUACCACUUUGCAGAAUAGGGGCAAGUAUCAGGGUCAGUUUGCCCACAGUGCCCCAACUCGGCUACCUCCUUAUCAAUUAACAGGCAUCAUCGGCGCGGUGCUCGCGCUUGCGAAUGGGAUAGGGCCAUUCCUUGGUGGCGCCGUCAUCGAGAAGGCUACGUGGCGAUGGGUAUUCUGGAUGGUGCCCAUGUUGUCGAUUCCUGCCGCACUCGUCAUCUGGUUUGCCCUUCCGUUACGGUACGAAAAAGGAGAUUACGUUACAAAGGUCAAGAAGAUCGAUUUCGGUGGUAUUGUUCUCAGUCUGGCUGCAGUGCUACUUUUCCUUGUGAGUAUCCAGUUCGACUGGACAGUUGAAAUUCUUACCUUCUCCAAGAUCCCAUUAUCAGGUGGCGGUGUAAGUUACGCAUGGAACUCAGCUACCUUCAUUGCUAUGUUCACGAUUGGUGUUCUCGUAUGGGUUGGGUUCGUUCUAUAUGAAUGGAAAGUGGCCCGCAUUCCCAUUAUGCCCUUGAGGCUUUAUGUAGUUUUAGGCUACUCUGCGCUGAUAUCAGGUGCCCUAUUCCUGCCAGUCGUUAUGUUCACCUCUGCUGCUAGUAUUGGCUGUGGUCAGUACAUGGCACGAUACUUUCGAUACACGCCUUCAGUGGUUCUUGGAUUCGCGAUAUGGACACUUGCCAACGGAUUGACAUGCAUGUUCAACAGAAACACAGGUCUAGGUGCUCUCAUCCCCAUCCUUGCUUUGGAAGGGUGUGGUGUCGGGCUCACUCUGCAGCCGAUUUCGGGAGCAAUCCUCUCCAAUACCUUGAGUGAUCGACUAUCAGGCCUUCCGUUUAUCACAGGCGGCAUGCUGGCAAGCCUGACAUCGUCUACUUAUUCAUCGAGUAGCCUUGGUCUAACACCAACUCAGAAGGAUAUCGUGUUAGGAGUGUAUAUGGAGGGAUUACGGUACUCCUUCAUAUUCUACACGAUUUGCACGGCUAUCGGGAUGUUCCUCAGUCUCGGUAUUGGUAACACUCAUCUGGAUAAGGAGAAAACGGUAAAACGGCCAGAUGAGGAAAGCCAAUCAACAGCGACAGGGCUAGGAGAUGCUAUAGCAGAAAGAAACCAAGCGCAAGCAGACGAAAAGGGGGUUGCUCCAGAUGGGAUGCAGAACGGAGCCAGCCGCAUAAAUUGA